UCGAACUACCGAGAUCGCUGUAAAAAAAGGGGGGAAAUUCUAUUGUUUCGUGUGCUCUAUGAACAAACGGCACUCCCGCCGUUGUGCUCGUUGGUGCAGGUAUCGGGACGCUAUUUGUUCGGAAUGUUUUCGACUGAUUAUUUAAUACAUCCGGUGUGCCGCUACGCAAUGAAGAACCAGUGGUGUGGAGCUCUUCGGGGAUCCUAUCGAAGGGCACAGUACGGCAGAGCCCAAAGAGGCCAACAGUGACGAGAACGAAAGGCAUCGAUCGCGAUCCGGAUCAGGAUUCGCUGAUCAGCAGCCGACGAAGAACGAAUCGAAAUCAACAGCACCGACGAUGGCGGCACCGAUCGAGGUACUCCUCACGGAUGUUGCCCGGCUAGUGUUGGCCUACCUGUACGACGAGAAGAUGGACGAACUGGCGAAUCAGUUUUGCCAACAGAACCCACUGUUGGAGCAGGAGCGGGCGGAGCUAGAAGCGUCCGGCAGAGUUGUUAACUACUGCGUCACCACGCUACCGGUGCUGGUGCAGAGCCUGUGUGAUGAUCACCACCGGCUACAAAUGCUGUUGGAAAAGUACGACCAGGGUUACCGAUUCGUGCAAGAUCCCUCCAUCACGCUGAUCGAGAAGAUCGAGCUGCUACUGGUGGAACGAAUCGAUAAGAUGUUCUCGGUGGGCAGCAGAAUGGGAUCGCCGUCCACCAACAGCAACGCCUUCGAAUGUAACGAACGCUGCGUCAACGAAGAAACCGUGCAACACUCGCGAUCAACCAAUGCGGCCACAGACGAUCAACAACAACAAGGGAUGAGUGUCCCGCUGGAUGACAAUAAGCAUUGCUGGCAGCUACCGAACCCUAGCGAGCCCGUUUCCUGCUCUACCGUUGCCCCAAACCAACCAAUUGCCGGUAAACCGGAAACGAUUCCAAUGCUGGAGUUGGUUCAAAUAGAUGGCUGCUCCAUGGAAGAGGAGGUUCUCGCCGAGCACAGACAAUGGUACUGGCACGGGGUUCCCGAGGUCUGGUGCCCCGAUGGCGAACCGGCUCUGACAGUGGAAGUCAGUGCUGAGCAGCCGACGACGGCGUUGGCGAUACGCGACAAUGAUCCGGAUCCAACUGAGUACUCCAGUGCAACCGAUUUGCCUCCAGUGGAUGCCAGCCAAACACCGAUGCCAACCGCCGAAGAACUGCCCGUUGAGGCACAGGCACCGAUUGAUGAGCAGCAAACCGACAAACCGAACCGUCGAAACACGGAAGAGUCCGAGAUUGGAGAAGGGAUAGAGCAGCAACAGCAGCAACAGCGGCAGGAGAUACAGCCCUGCCACAGUAAUGGGGCCAGUGCAGGGAAAUGCACGCCGCAAGACAAGCGUGUCGUCAUCGAUUUGGGACUGGGAAACAUCAUACCGGUGGUAGCCGCAAAUACAUCGCCUACCGUAAUUGCAGCGCAUCGACCGGCUACGGUGCAGUCGGCGACGACUAACCGGCCGGCGCUGGCCGUACGGCCGAUAAUGGUUGUUCAACCAUCCUCCCUACCACUAACCAGCUCAUCCAUGCAGCAGAUGGUGUCUCCUACGACGAAAGCGCUAGUAGAGAAACGCACCCACGUCCGCCGAUUGGUAUUCGACAUACCGCCGAUGAUGCCACUCAAACGGAUUGCGCUAGACGCUACCGCUGUUGCCAAGGGUGAGGAGCUCGGUACACCGGCGGAGGUUCCCGCUGGCGACGGUACUACCCCCGCGGCUACUAUCAAUACCACCAUGAUGGCAGCACCCAACACUGACCCACCGAAACCGAAGACCGUCCGACGGACGGCCGAACAAAUCGCACAGGAUGCGGCUGAAUGGAAGCGAAUUCGCUCCGUCAAUAUUACCAACUUCGACAUGCAUCUGCGGACGGUCAUUGCCGAGCAGGAAAAGCGUCGGCGAGAGGUGGAAAGCAAACGACUGCUCACGCUACGAGUAGAGCGCAGGCGGGCCGCUCGGGCAAAGCAACGAGCGCUUGCUGCUGCCGCCGGCUCGCACAACCGCCCGAAAGCCGGCGCGACCAAGUUGGCAGGGACGGUGGAUGAGGCUAGGAUACGGCAACCGUCCCCCCCACCACCAGCAAGCGCAUCGAUUCCGGCGACACCCAAUACGACGCAAAAGCAGGCCGCCAUGAUAGAGGCGGCGCUCGCGAGCCCUAUCGUAGUGUCGUGUGCCAAGCUACCACCAACCGGCGGUCAACUUCCCCGCCAAUCCUUCCAUCAGUGUCUCGUGGUCGAAGCAAGUGUUUCGACCAACGAUGGUGCCAGCACCUCCGGCUGGCUACCAACAGUGCCCCCGCCCCGUCAGGCACCGCUGACACCGAAACCCUCACGGGUGGUCACGACGAUGACCCCGAUACUGCAGCUCAGCAGCGAGGACUCCGAUUCGCCGUACAAGAUCGACCCAGUGACGGACAUUCCACAAACACCGCGCUUCCGUAUACCGAUACAACCGUCCUGCUCACCCCCGCUAGGGCACGUUGUUGCUGCAGUGGAGCAGCACCAGCGAAACCUGCUAGGGGAGCUCGACACCUCAACGCCGGUGACCCUCUUGUCAAACCAAUCCCGUCCGAUUACGCCCGGUUCGGGCGAUAACAGCAACCCGACCGCCAGCAAAACGUUCGAGUGCGCAGCCAGCGCAACCGUGUCCACCGAAGCGGAACCGAGCAAUCUAACUACAGAUCAUCACCCCGAUGAUGCCAGCAAUAGGCAGAAUACCACCAGCAGCCCAUCGACAUUGCCAGCGGGGUGUGGCAAGUGUUCGGCUGUAGCCGUACAGGGGCACCCACCAAUGUCGCCGAUGGAGAACGAGCGUGAACAUAAGCGGCUCAUUAUGGCGGCAUUACGGCGAAAGCGCAAGGCAGAGGAGGCGAUGAGAAAGGCGACAGCAGUGGCGGCCGACGAUGGUCGCAUCGAGCAAAGCACACCGAUGGGGUUCGGGUCGCCAAAGAUGUACCACGUGCUGUUGGUCGGUCGAGCGGCAGCAUCCGGUAGGCCGGUCGGGGCACGCAAGCGUCCCAAGCGGUACCGGCGGUACCAGCUGGAGAAUGACGAUCCCGUCAUGGAGGUGUUCAACGGGGAAGCCAGGUUCACGAUUGCCCGCUCGGAGCUGGCCGUCCAUUACGAGCAGCGAUCCGCACACGGUGAGACAAUAAUGUCGGUUUCCGGUGCCAGCUGCACACACGAUUCGGCCGGAAGCGACAGCGACAGCAGUAGUAACAGUAGCAGCAGUAGCACUAGCAAUAGCAGCAAAAACACCAAUAUCAGUCACCGAAGCAGCAGUAGCAGCAGUAGCUGCACCAGCAGCAGCAGCAGCAGCAGCAGUAGCAGUAGUAGCAGCAGUAGCAGCAACAGCAGCAAAAGUAAUAGUCGUGCAGCUGUUGUGAUUGCCGCUGAAGAGGUUGGUAAGCUCUAGACUAAUGUAACUCCUGGAAAGCUUAAGGGCAAUAUCAGAGAGCUCCCAAUGGAGAGUGAUCUUAUUGGUAUGCUUUACGUUCAUAAUGGAUAGAUAUACGCUGAGAUAGAGAAUGGAUACAGUAGAUAUACGCUGGCUAUUUCCACCGUUGUCUCUGUUUCGCGUUGAGGUAAAGAGUCGUCGAUCGAUCGGUGCGCUAGGAAGCCUUUCUUCCUAACAACUCUCAAAACAAUUCACUAUUCUUUUCCAUCUUAUGUUUACGUGUAUCAAUCCAUCCAUUUUCUGAUUACGUAUGUCUUUAAGUGUAUGGUGUUUAAGUCUCCGUCUGUAGAUAUUUUUUUAUCUCCGAAAGACCGUAAAAUCUUUUGUUUAUUUACGAUCUCGAUUACGCCUCGUAUGUGUUGCGGAUUUUAUUUUCCAGCAAAUUAGCUGACAAUCGAUAGAAACAAUACUAUUAAGUGUCGAUGAUCUUUUAACAGCUUGAUUAAUAGAGCAUCAAUAUACAGGCUCCUGCAAUCACGCUUGCUUGUGUUGAAUGUCACAGAAAUGUUACGUUUUAGGAGGACCGUACGGUGUGCCUGAUAAGAUCGUAUUAGUAUAUUCUCGAUGUAUUACGCGAUGUUUAAGUGUUUUACAGUUUCCUAUUAUGUUUAUUUAACUUUCUGAAUAGUAUAUUUCGCAUGAUAACUAAACCAAAUUAUGGAACAUGUGGAUAGAAUAAGGUCUAGCGUAAGAAAUAAGUGUUAAUUGGGAUGGAUUUAAACAUUGAAGUUACUGCCAAAUGUAACCUACUACCGAUAAAACAGUAGGAAAGAAAAUAAUUCUUAGACAUCAGGGGUGAAUCAAGAUUAGCCGAGUCUUGUCAAAGCAGUCCCAAAAUGGUCACAUGGUCACGUGGCACCGAUACUCACAGGCUCCGAUCACAUUGAUUGAGAGAAAGAAACGAUGCUCUAGAUACGUGCAAAGUUACUUGUAGCAGCAGCAGAUGCAAACUAACUGCAUCCUUCGAGAUUCCGAUUACGCAGUUGUAAGCGUUGGAUAACGCUCCAAUAAUCCUCAUCGAUUAGUAAUAAUUCCGAUCGGUUGGAUAAAAUUAAGCUAGUAGUAGGUGAACGCUAAUCAACCAUUGCUUGCGACUAUUGCGCAUUACGACAAAUACUAGAAGAGUACAAUCCAUAGCAAUAAAGAACGUGUAAGCAUAAAGUACGGUUUACACCCAUACCACACUCAGCGGA